AUGGAUUUCAUUGACCACAACAACCCUGCCUUGGGGUUUGAUCAACCUUCUUUCGAUUCCCAGGCUUUCAAUGACUUUGCCGACCUGAAUGCUAGCGGGCCUUUCAAUUCCAUGAAUGGUUUCAGCUAUGAAGAUCUUGAUAUGCUCAGCUUUGACGAGUUGUAUGCCAGUAUUCCACUUGAUGGCCUCGAUCAGUCUGGCUCUGACAACGCCCCCAUGUUGGCGGCCUUCAACUCUGGCCAGCCUAAUUUUAAUACGCUGCCCACACAGUCGCCCUUGAACGUGUCAAAUCAACAUCUGACAAACCCACCUACCAAUGGCGCUGUCCAGGUCAAUGAGACUCCAUCCUCCAAUGGCUCUGGGCAAGCUGCGUUGUCGGCUUCCGCCAGUUUCGUGAAGCCAAGUUCAACCACAAGUGUCAACGAUGCUAGCCAGCUCAACGGCGCUCCCUCUUCCAACAACUCUGUCCAGGCUAUGCGUUCAGUCUCAACUAGUAUUGACAAGCCUGCUUCAACCGUAUCUGUCAACCGUUCUGCUCAGCCAGCGUCUAACAAUCUCCCCCUCCAUGCGCCACACAGAAAGGUGCCCUACAACCCCUCAAUCGGAAUUCCAUACACCCCCGAGGACACUGAAGCCGACAAGAUCAAAAAGUGGGAGAACCUCAUCGCUCGUGCCGAUCUGGCCAAUGCUGGCGUGCCUGCCUCUGCUUCUCAAAUCAUUGAAGAAGAGAGCGCUGAAGAAAGCCUCCAGACUGUGGACUCGCCCAACUCUCUAUUUGACUCCCCUCGCUCCUCCUCCGUUGAGGUUGUUGAGACACCCAGUCCCACUCCGCCGACUCCAUCCUCUUCCCAGGCCCCUGCACCCACGAUGGCACCUUCGAAGGCCUCCAAGAAUGUGAUUGCACGCGCCACUCGUCACGCUGUGCAGUUACCACGUGCCUUGACAAGUCAGAAGAAUUAUGCGCAGCAUGUGUCUCCUUUUGCUCCUGUCGCAACAGUUGCUCCCCCCGUCCCCUCUGCGCCGACUUCUCGGGAGCUCGAGAAAGCUCGAUCCCGGAUCCAGAGUCUUGCAAAAGAACGAAAUUUUUACCAACGCAAUUUGCGAAAGGCAACUAGUGUGGACCCCAAGACGGGCAAGAAUACUUUGCAAACCCUGCAGGCACAGAAUGUGGCUCUUCAGCGGGCGAACACCAAGCAGGAGAGGGAUAUGAAAGAGAUGCAGGAGAUGUUGAAGGAGGGUCACCGCCAAUAUGCCCUCCUGAGUGACCGAUUCAACGAGCUGGCGAAAGAAAUGCACAAGGCACGGCUCGAGCUAGAUGAGCUAAGAAGAUAG